UAUAUAUAUGGGUGUGUGUGCACCUCUCUAGUAUAUGUAGACUUAUGAGGGAACUCCGAUAACCAUUUUUGCAGAGCUUUUGGAGAUCUUAAAAAGAAAGAAAAAAAAACAAUGGCUCUUUUCAUGGUGGUUUUGGUACUGCUGUUCAUUCUGGCCCUUUCUAUAUGCACUGCUUUGUUAAGAUGGAAUGAACUUAAGUUCAGUAAAAAAGGUUUGCCUCCUGGUACUAUGGGUUGGCCAAUCUUUGGUGAAACCACAGAGUUUCUCAAACAAGGUCCUAAUUUCAUGAAAAACCAAAGAGCAAGGUAUGGGAGUUUCUUCAAAUCACAUAUACUAGGAUGUCCUACAGCUGUUUCCAUGGAUCCAGAGCUUAAUAGAUAUAUACUAAUGAAUGAAGCUAAAGGUCUUGUUCCUGGUUAUCCACAGUCCAUGUUAGAUAUCUUGGGUAAAUGUAACAUUGCAGCUGUUCAUGGUUCUACUCAUAAACAAAUGAGAGGAGCUUUGCUGGCUCUCAUUAGUCCUACUAUGAUUAAACAACAACUUUUGCCUAAAAUAGAUGAAUUCAUGAGAAAUUUUGUGAGUGAUUGGGAUAAUAAAAUCAUUGACAUUCAAGAAAAGACCAAACAGAUGGCAUUUUUAUCAUCACUUAAACAAAUUGCAACUGUUGAAUCAACUUCAAUAGCACAAGAAUUCAUGCCUGAGUUCUUUAAAUUAGUGUUGGGGACUUUAUCGCUGCCUAUCGAUCUCCCCGGUACGAAUUAUCGACGAGGACUUAAGGCAAGGAAAAUUAUACUUACAAUACUAAAACAACUAAUAGAAAAGAGAAGAGGCAAUCAAGAAUCACACAAGGACAUGCUUGCUUACUUGAUGAGCAAAGAUGAUAAUAAUAGAUACAAAUUAAGUGAUGAUGAGAUCAUUGAUCAAAUCAUUACCAUCUUGUAUUCUGGUUACGAGACCGUGUCGACGACAUCGAUGAUGGCCGUUAAGUACCUACAUGAUCAUCCAUCUAUUCUUGAAGAACUAAGAAAAGAACAUAUGGCAAUUAGAGAAAAGAAAAGACCAGAGGACCCGAUUGAAUGGAAUGAUCUUAAGCCAAUGAAGUUCACUAGAGCUGUGAUUUUUGAGACUUCAAGAUUAGCUACUAUUGUUAAUGGGGUUUUAAGGAAAACUACUGAAGAAAUGGAACUAAAUGGAUUUGUGGUCCCUAAAGGAUGGAGAAUCUACGUAUAUACAAGAGAGAUAAACUAUGAUCCUUUCAUCUAUCCUGAUCCAUUAGCUUUCAAUCCAUGGAGAUGGAUGGACAAAAGCUUGGAAUCUCAAAGUAAUUUCUUGAUAUUUGGAGGAGGUACAAGGCAAUGUCCUGGAAAAGAAUUAGGAAUUGCAGAAAUUUCAACAUUUCUUCAUUAUUUUAUAACUAGAUACAGAUGGGAAGAAAUUGGGGGAGAAAAAUUGAUGAAAUUUCCAAGAGUUGAAGCACCAAAUGGACUACACAUUAGGGUUUCUUUUUACUAACUAUUAAAGAGAUGUAUAUGUACAUAUGAUAUAAUGAUUUGUUGAGUUUAAAAAAAAAAGAGGUUUAGGGUUGGAGUUCGAUUUUAGAACACACUCCGGUACUUAAGUUAGACUGAAGUGCAAAAGGCUGCGUAUGCCGGAUUUUCCCUCACUUGGGUUGUAUAGAUCCGGUCGGACACAUUAGUGGAUGGGACGAUGUUUUCUUAUUGAGGGGUUUGGUGGUUAAUGGUACGAACGAUUUUUUUUUCUCAAGGGCUCAAGCUUUAAGAAGCUGGAUAUGAUCCGAAAUAUCUUAUGCGAUGUCGGUUCGGGUUAUCGGAACUGCUGAUUUGGACUCUGAAUCUAAUGGGCUUAACAGUAAUCAAAAGGGAAGACAAAAUGAUGUUAACAAGAGAUGACUAGAUUGUGAAUUUUCUGAAAUUGAGAGUUUGGAAUUAUAAAUUAUCUUUUUUUA